GACAGGAGCGGCCCCGAGCUCUUNCCGGAGACGCUGAGAGCCAGGGAGGCCGCAAAGAAUUUCCGAGUGAACCUGCGGACCCUGCGCGGCUACUACAACCAGAGCGAGGCCGAUCCCCCAAAGACACAUAUAACCCACCACCCAAUCUCAGACCAUGAGGCCAUCCUGAGGUGCUGGGCCCUGGGCUUCUACCCUGUGGAAAUCACACUGACCUGGCAGAGAGAUGGGGAGGACCAGACCCAGGACACGGAGUUUGUGGAGACCAGGCCUGCAGGGGAUGGAACCUUCCAGAAGUGGGCAGCUGUGGUGGUACCUUCUGGAAAGGAGCAGAGAUACACGUGCCAUGUGCAGCAUGAGGGGCUGCCCAAGCCCCUCACCCUGAGAUGGGAGCCGCCACCUCAGCCCACCAUGCUUAUUGUGGGAAUCGUUGCUGGCCUGGUUCUCCUUGGAGCUGUGGUUGCAGGUGUUGCGAUGCGGAAGAAGAAAAGCUCAGGUGGAAAAGGAUGGCCCUACUCUCAGGCUGACUACACAGAAAGUACUCAGAGCAGUGAUAAGUCUCUUUGUUCCUAAAGCAUGAAAUGCAAGAUUUGUCCAAGCUCCACCACCACCACUACUGUGACUUCAAGAGCACCUGACUUCUUCUGCAGCUGGUAUCUGAAUGUGUCUAUGAGCCUGUGUUUCUAGUAGCAUAAUAUGAGGAAACAGACUGGCCAUCCCUGAGCACCAAGACCUCUUCCCGACACUGACCUAAUCAGGAGAUACUGAUGAAUUAAGAGAAAGGAAAAAUAGGAAAACAACCAACUGGGAAAGAUAUUUGAUUAUGACUUAAUAUGCAACUAGCAUAUGAAGUGGGGGAUGAUCUGGGGACUGAGCCCUCAAACUGUGGCAUCUGACACUAUCUCCAAGUAGAUAGUGUUGGAAUUAAACUGAAUUGGAGGACAGCCA